GGUGAGGAGGAGGAGGGGAGGAAAGCGCCGCUGAAGCAGGGUGUGACCGCAAACUAUUUCAAACAAAGAGCGUGGGCCUCCGGCGAGGUGCUGUCAUGCUCCGCACUUUCCCGGCGUCGGCGGCGAGCAUUCACCUGGACCGCUGACGGCGAGCGGAGCGGAUCACGUCAUGUUGGGGACGCUCAGCGAGUGGCUGUGGUGGGACCGGCUGUGGCUGCCGGGGAACCUCACGUGGGCCGAUCUCAAAGACGAGGAAGGACUCGUCUACGCCAGAGCAUCCCACCUCUAUGUCACGCUGCCAUACGCUUUAGUCUUCCUUGUAGUCAGAUACGUGUUUGAAAGGUUGAUAGCAACACCGCUUGCAGCCUCUCUUGGCGUCACUGAGAAAACCAGAUACAAAGUGGAGCACAAUGCUGUCCUUGAACGUUAUUUCAUUGCAAAAUCAAAACAUCCAGGACAGGCAGAUAUUGACGGCCUGUGCAAAAAAUGCAGCUGGUCCCGUCGACAAGUGGAGCGCUGGUUCAGAAGAAGACGGAACCAGGACCGUCCCGGGGUUCUGAAAAAAUUCAGAGAGGCCAGCUGGCGAAUGGUGUUUUAUCUGGCGGCGUUCGUUGGUGGAAUCAUAGCCCUGUAUGAUAAACCCUGGUUUUAUCAUUUGCGGGAGGUGUGGAAUGGCUAUCCCAAACAGUCCUUGCUAGGUUCCCAGUACUGGUAUUAUACUUUGGAGAUGAGCUUCUAUUUGUCGCUGGUGCUCAGAAUAACCUUCGACGUCAAACGGAAGGACUUUAAAGAGCAGAUCAUCCAUCACUGGGCCACGCUGACGCUCUUGGCAUUCUCCUGGUGUGGGAACUACAUCCGGGUCGGGACCCUGGUGAUGCUCAUUCACGACUCCUCUGACAUUCUUUUAGAGUCGGCUAAGAUCUUCAACUACGCCAAAUGGGAAAGCACGUGCAACGGCAUCUUCGUGGUGUUUGCUGCCGUCUUCAUAGUCACGCGCCUCGUAAUCUUUCCAUUUUGGAUCAUUCACUGCACGUGGGUUUAUCCUCCCGAAUAUUACCCGCCGUUCUUCGGGUAUUAUUUCUUUAACUUCAUGCUUGCCGUCCUGUUGAUGCUGCACAUGUUCUGGGCCUAUCUGAUCCUACGCAUGGUGAAGAUGUUCCUUUUCGGAAGCUUGACCAAAGACGAGAGAAGCGACCAUGAAGAAGACGAGGAAGAGGACGGAGACACCAGUGUGACCGAGGACAAUGACGGACAUGUGAAAGUGACCAAUGGCUGUGGAGCAGGGGGCGGGGCUAAUCAUCACUGACGCUUCCUCUCUCAAACUGUGAAGGACUUUGACUUGCCCUCGGGGACGCGAGGAGCCAAAAACAUACGUUUGAUUUAUUGUCACGCCGAGAAUAUGCCAGAAACCUGUCAAAUCAAAUUGCAUCUUUUAAUAAUGCUCAAAAAAACCCUUGUUUUCCACCAACUCGGCUUCGCCGGAGACGACCUGCUGUGUGUCUUGGCUGCUUCGAAACCUUCCCUCCCCCCCUUUCGACUAAAACUUUUUUCAAUAUGGCACAAGAUCACAUGGGUAAUUAUGAAAGAACAUGGUGCAAAGAAAAAGAAACUCCUCGUAAGUUUUAAUAGACUCCUCAUUGUUGUCGGAGCUCAAAGAUCACGUCACACUGGCUGCUCUUGCCGUCUGGCGUCGCCCACCGAGGCUUCAUCUGCCGUGCUUUUGAGUUUUACAUCAACCUCUGCUGUCCAGCUCAGCCUCCAGCGAGAACUAAUAAGAUGAGAUCUCAAGUUUAUGUUUCCUGCAAGUGAUUUUGAAGCAGAACAUCUACUUUUGUAUCACUUUAACCUCUUGCAGGCACGUCGUUUUCUUUUAUUUUUACGCGGCGUCUACACUGGAUGCGUGCAAAUGUGUUUUUUUUUGCAACUUUUGAUGGCUGGAGGUCACUGAGUCUCUGUACUUCUGGUUUCUAGUAUGCUUUUCUGUGCUAUCUAAAAUCACCAGCUGUGACUGAAAAUGAAGGUCUUCCAGCCAAAACUCAGUAUCUAUCUAUCUAUCUAUCUAUCUAUCUAUCUAUCUAUCUAUCUAUCUAUCUACCCGUCCCUCUAUCUAUCUAUCUAUCUAUCUAUCUAUCUAUCUAUCCGUCCCUC